AUGGCGGGCGGGCUGGAGCCGCACCUGGAGGCGCUGCGGCGGGAGCUGCAUGGCCCCGCCGUGCUCUCCGUGCUCGUGGCGCUCCUCGCCGUCGCCAUCACCUUCCUGGUCUGGCGGUUCGUGCAGGGCAGGCGGAGCAGCCGCAAGGCCGUGCUGCUGCUGGGCCUUUGCGACGCGGGGAAGACGCUGCUCUUCGCGCGGCUGCUGUCGGGGCGGUACCGUGACACCCAGACCUCCAUCACCGACAGCUCUGCCGUCUACAGGGUAAGCCAGGACAAGAGCACUAAUGUGACCUUGAUCGACCUUCCAGGCCACGAGAGUCUGAGGCUGCAGUUCUUGGAGAGGUUCAAGGCUGCAGCCAGAGCCAUGGUGUUUGUGGUGGACAGCGUGGCCUUCCAGCGGGAGGUGAAGGACGUGGCCGAGUUCCUGUACCAGGUGCUGGUGGACAGCACCGUGCUCCGGAACGCGCCCGCGCUGCUCAUCGCCUGCAACAAGCAAGAUGUCACGAUGGCAAAAUCAGCAAAACUCAUCCAGCAGCAGCUGGAGAAAGAGCUCAAUACCCUGCGGGUGACACGCUCUGCAGCCCCCACCAGCCUGGAUGGCUCAGCCACAGGGGGCCCUGCCCAGCUGGGGAAGAAGGGCAAGGACUUUGACUUCUCCCAGCUGCCCAUGAAGGUGGAAUUUGUGGAGUGCAGUGCUCGAGGCAGCAAGGGAGAGGAGGGAGAGGCUGACUUGGAGGGCCUGGAGAAGUGGCUGGUGAAGGUGGCCUGAACAGAGAUGGACAGGGAUGGGGGGCUGAAGGGAAAAAGAUGAUCUGAAGCACUCAAAUCUCAUCUUGAUGUAAAAAGAAGGAACUUCAGCUGGAAGUCAGCACUGUGGUGUCUUCCUCUGCUGCUC